AUGGCGGCAUCAGGAAUCCUCGUCAUCGGCGCCGGAGAGCUGGGGUCUGCGGUGUUAGAAGCCCUGGUCAGCCACCCACAACGCCGCGGCGCCAAGAUCAGCGUCAUGCUACGCCCGGAGAGCAUCAAGAACAAGCCCGAGACGGCCGCGGCGGUUCGUGCCCUCGGGGCCGACAUCGAGCCCUGCGACUUCCAGGACCAGUCAGUCGAGGCCCUGGCCAAGGUCUUUGCGAGAUACCACACCGUGGUGGUGUGCGUCGGGUUCGGCAUGCCCGAUGGCACCCAGCUGCGGCUGGCGCGGGCUGCGCUGGCCGCCGGCGUCGCAAAGUUUGUGCCGUGGCAGUUUGGUUGCGACUAUGAAGCCAUUGGAAGAGGCAGCGUCAUGAAGCUGUUUGACGAGCAGCUCGACGUGCGGGACCUGCUGCGGCAGCAGGACAAGACCGACUGGCUGAUCGCGUCGACGGGGCUGUUCACGAGCUUCCUCUUCCUACCUAGCUUCGGCGUCGUGGACGCCCCGGCCGGCGUGCUCCGCGCCUUGGGAAGCUGGGACAACCGCAUCACCCUGACCAUGCCGCGGGACGUAGGACGCAUGACGGCCGAGGCACUGUUCGUGCCGCCGGCGGGCAACAUCGUCCACAUCGCGGGCGACACAAUGUCGUACAAGCAGAUCGCGGACAUGAUGGAGGAGCUGUGUCCGUCCAGAGCCUGGAGGCGGGAACUUUGGGACCUGGAAGCACUUCACAAAAGACUGGAGAGCAGUCCCGAUGAUAUCAACCUCAAGUAUCAGAUCAUGUUUGGAGCCGGCAAGGGGGUUGGCUGGGACAAGGAGUCGACGCUGAACGUGCAGCGUGGGCUAGAGAUGACGAAUGUCAGGCAGUACAUCGCCGAGCAUCCGGGGGUUUUUCAGCGAAGCCCGACGUGCACCAAAACCCUGCUGACACCUGCCUACCUCCCCUCGCUGCGCUCCGUCCGGUAGGUGGCGGUGUCAGCAGGGUUUUGGUGCGCGGAGGGCGUAGCUGUUCUUUACCCGGGUGAUCUGACAGAAAUGCUGACAAAGGUUUCUCCUAUUCGGGACACAGUCCGUAGCUUAAAUGGCCUGUAGCCAGUCCACGCACGAGAAUCCAAAUAUCCUCGCCUAAGAUUGGUCAACUCUAAUCCUAGAUAGUGCGG